AUGGCCACCGAUAUUAGAAUCAGUAAGCCGAGUUUACAAACCCCGGAAAUCAACAAGGGUCUUGACGUGGCCCCCGUGUACGAUGACGUCUCGGAGUUCCCGGUUUACGCCACGGUGAGCAAGCCGAAGAACAUGAAGCUCAAUGAAAGCAGCGUACAUUACGCCGAUAUCCAGGUCUUCACGAAGAGCCGCGAACGUUCAGCUGAGGAGGUGAAAAACCUCCAGUCGCAGAAUGCAACGGAAUACGCUACCCUGAAUUUCCCCCGAGCCCCCCUGAAAUAUGACAACAAGAACGGGACUCUGGUAUAAGUGCCGAAGAUGCCGUUCUGGAAGAAAAUAGACAUCAGACACUGCAGGUGCUCAGUUGGUUCAAAAAAAAAA